AUGUCUUCCCAAAAUUCCAUCAAAGUCGGCAUCGACUUUGGAACCGUGACUACGGGUAAGCAAUGGCUCCUUUCCCAGGAACUUUUCAUGAAGCAUGUCAGGCUUAUACAGAGGAGUAGAGGUUGCUUAUAUCUGUUCAUCCCGUUUCCCGGAUUCUCUGAAGUCUAUCAGCAAUGGCCCGGUACAUUUUCCGGGAAUCGCAUCGUCCCUUCGGUGGUAUCCUUCAGUACAGACAACCGCGCGAUAAGCUGGGGUCAUCGGGCAGAUGAACAGCCACAGACCUACGCCUGGUCAAAGUUGUUGCUGGAUAGCAACACAAGUUCGGGAGACUUCACGGAUCCCGUACUGUGCACGAUCAGCAACUCCUCCAUCCUUCGGCGCCCCAGGGGACGCCAACCGGAGGAAGUCGUGAGCGAUUUCCUCCGACAGAUUCGAUUUCAUAUCUUGAAUCACUUGGCGACUUUCGAAAACGUUCAAGACUCUCGCCAGAUCGAAUUCAUUUUUGCCACUCCAAUCUCGUGGUCUGUGGGGGCGCGACGCUCAAUGGAGCGAGCUAUCCACAGGGCAGAAUUUGGUACCUGUGGCGACAAGUGGCGCACAAUCAGCGAGCCCGAGGCCGCUGCCACGGCGAUCUUUAGGCAGAUGCCAGGGGCAUUCCAGCCCGGUGAUGGCGUUAUUAUCUGCGAUAUCGGGGGUGGGACAGUGGACGUUACUGCUUGCCAGAUAACGGAGGUGCAGAGCUUAGUUCUGUUUGAAGAGCUCGCCACUGCCGUGGGAGGUAAGUGCGGCUCAGCCGCGAUAGACAGUCGAUUCUACCAGCUACUGUCAGAGAGACUUGGAAUUCGGAUCCAUGAACUGCCUCAGAUCUAUUCUGGAAAGGGAAAGGCCCUUCUGAGCCAUCUAGGGCGUAUCAAGAUCAGUUUCACUGGUAACGAGCAGACUCUGGAGUCCAUCCCCGUGCGUCUCAACCCCAAGAGAAGGGAUCAUUCCCUAUAUGAUUCAAGAACGCAAUUCAUCACUCCAAAGCCGCAUCACAUAAAAGAGGUGUUUGAUCCCGUCAUUGAUCAAAUCUACAAACUCAUCCUUCAUCAAAUCGAAGCUGCGAAUCAGAAGUCCGGUCGAUGCAUGAUCAGUGUUAGUCCGGCCAUAGACGUGCCACCUAAUGAUCCAAAAGAAAAAUGUGUCCCGUGAGCUGACCAUGAAGAAUAGAAAGUGGUGGUAACGGGGGGCUUAGGGACAUCGCCGUAUGUUCGGCGUAAGCUCGAACUCUUUCUGAACGAGGCGCAAGGCCUUGGUAUCGGGCCCUUGAUCACUCCUGAUGAGCCGUGGGUGCUCCUUUCUUCCCUCGCUUCCCUUCCCUUUCCCUGUUCUUGACCCUGUAUAAAACUAACCCCUAGUCCUCAGCGACGCGGUUGUUGCGCGAGGAGCAGCUCUACGCGGCCUGACAGGCCCAGUGACUCCAACUCGCAAGAGUUGGCACCAUUAUGGGAUCGCAGCAUGCCAAGACCUGUGCUGCCCCUUCCCAGUCCGUGGUCAAAUGAACACUGGAUUUUCAGGCGAGUUGCCGUGCAAGUGGUUUUUAGCAAAGGUGACAGCCCACUUUCCUAUGUACAGUACAUUUAGUCCUGGCAUAAUGCUGACCCUUCCUUUAUUUCGUCGAAAAGAACGUCAGAUACGCGUCUGGCCACAGACGUCCCUUGACGGUGUCGAUGCUGCAUUGCCCGGGGCAAUCGAGCAUCAAAGAAAUGAUGAUCUG